GAAGUAAUCCAGCGAGAUCCAGUCAAAAUGCAAUGCCAUUCGCUGUCUGUAUUCACCAAAAGGACGUCACGGUCACAUGAGCAGACAUCUAAUCUGUAUUCUCAUUUUGCAAUCCCAGUUGAAAUCGGAGUAAUUCUUUGAAACUAUGUAAUGUGAGAUGAUGGUGUCACGUAAUAUAUAUAUAUUUUUACUAAACAAACUCAAAUCUUAAAUCUCUACUUUCUUUUUGUGUGAGUCGAGUGCUGCUUUCACUCGCUGCUCAUGCAGGUGAAAAGGUUUCCGCCCGCGGUCUAUGUUUGAACUGUGGCAGCAGUAUCCCCUGGUCAUUGUAUUUGAUCACUGAAAUGACACCACUGCAACUUCCGUAUCUCACAGACCACCAGAGCUUCCGUAUUAUAACUUAACUACCCUUGCAGGACGACUUUCUUUGUAGCGCUAUGCGGGCAAUACCAGAGGAGUUAACGACGCUCAUUUCAGAUCUUGAAGCUUUCCUCUCCGAUGUUCUAAAAGGAGAAAAUUUGAGCAAGAAGGCGAAGGAGAAGAGAGAAGUCUUCAUUAAACGUAUCAAAGAGGUCAAAUCUGGAUACCCUCAGGAAUUCAAGGAGAAACGAGAUGCAGAGGACUCAGAAGAGGAAGAAGAGGAGGACAGCAACAACGACGGAGGGUCGCUGCAUUCGGAGCGCGCAGAUCGGGAUGAGGACAACUGUGACGGUACGUCAGGUUCUCAGCAGUUUCAAGCUGUGGCAGCUCAGGACCUCCAGUCUCUUCUCAAGACAGGGUACCUGGAGAAACGCAGAAAAGAUCACAGCUUCUUCGGCACGGAGUGGCAGAAGAGAUGGUGCGCUCUGAGCAACCAAACGUUCUACUAUUAUGGCAGUGAGAAAGACAAACAACAAAAGGGCGAGUUUGGCAUUCAUGGUUACGAUGUCAAGAUGAAUAACACGCUGCGCAAAGAUUCGAAGAAAGAUUGUUGCUUUGAAAUUACUGCCCCCGACAAGCGAGUAUAUCAGUUCUGUGCGGCAUCUCAGAAAGAGGCAGAGGAAUGGGUGGAGCAGAUAGAUUUUGUGUUGAAAGAUAUGACCGGGAUCAUCCCGGAGGACAACGAUAUGACCUAUGACGAUGUUGGUGUAGUCCAGCCUACUGACGAUGACAUCUACGAAGAACUCCCAGAGGAGGAGAUAAACACACCUCCCUUACCCACGCCUCCGAAGCCCAAGCUGGAGCCACCCCCAACCUCCAGCAAACCUCCUCCACCUUCUACAACGACAGUGGAUAAGAGCACAGACUACCCGAACUUCUACCAGGGCAUGUGGGACUGUACGGGAGAGCACCCUGACGAAUUGUCCUUCAAACGGGGAGACCCCAUCUACAUCCUGAGCAAGGAAACAGCGGGCAGAGCCUGCCGCUUCAUUCAGACCGGGCGAGGACGUGUGCUGGCCCUCCAGUUUCCGCGGCUUGUCAGCUUGAAGGUGUGCGUGUGCGUGGCGGGUGCUGGUAACUGAAGAAUGAUCCUUGGACCGACGGAGAGGUCGUGGACAGUGGUUCUCUGACUUUUCCGUUUGUUGCCCACAGGCGUUUCACUGUUUCCACCCAUCUCUGAACUAGCUAACCCGAUUGUCCUAUUUAAGUGCUGGGUCAUGUGAACGGCGGAGGUCCCUGGGGAGAGGUUUCACAACCACAUGCCCAAGAUAUUUAUGGAUGCGUUGGAUGCACAUUAUGCUACACUGUUGCUGUGCGAUCAGCAGUGUGUGUAACCUCUCUAUUUUCCUUCUGAAGGUUAGCCAAAGACAUCCUAGUAUCAGGCGCUCCCAUCCCCCGAUGCCUUUGGUGGUGGUGAUUAGUGAGGAAGCUACUCUGAAGUUAUUGGUCACCAAGUUGCCAACUCUUUUACACUUGAGUAAAGUUGCUUUGUAUUGAUAUUUAACUGUAUACGAAUUGCUUUGUAAAACUUUAUCAUGGUUUUAAUGUAAUGCAAAAGAAAUGGCCGAAGUUGGUUCAGGGCUGUUAACGAGUACUUAAAUAAUAAGGCUGUCACAUCGCGUUAAUACUUUAAAUUUUAAGCUUUAUUGACCAUGUUUCCACCCCAGCUGGAGCUGCGUCAACAUUUUCAAUAAAGAGGUUAAUUGAAACGAAAGUGUGGCCUAUUAAACACAAAAACAAUGUUUAAACUGAGAGGCAGGUCGGAUGACCAAAAAAACCAACAUUGUUUUCCAACUCUGAGAGUGUUUUUGAUGUUCAAUCUUGCCACCUAGUGGCUGAUAUAAACACAGUUCGCCACACUGUAAAUGACAGUACAGUGUUCCAGGGUACAAAGUAUCUGUCAUUUAUCUGUCAUGAUUGUUUUGACAAUCUUUUAAUUAAUUGAAAUAUAAGAGCGGAUAUGUUAGGGAGUAGGGAUGUGGUUGGUAAACAAAAACAUGUUAACACAGAUGACAUCCCACAUCCUGCUUUACUGGCCCUGAGGACUAGGAAUCAAGUAGCCCUUUCAUUGGCUUAGUGUCCUGACUGGAUGAGCUAUUAGCUGGCUGGGAACCUUGGUGUUGGGGGUUCAGGUCUGCCGGGAGGGCAAUGACCAUAAAACCAGUCUGGACACACACACAGACCAGCUGCAUCUACUGGGGAGGACAGGCGACACGCACGCACACACACACACACACACACACAAACUCCCUCCCCCUAUCAUAAACCAGAAAUAGGCCAGGCAGGCAGAAGACACCCACCCCUAUCACAGCUGCCCAAUCCCCAGUCAGGCCUGGGACUGGGGGGGGACUGUGUCUGGCCUGGGAGUGGGCGGGGACUGUGUCAGGCCUGGGAGUGGGCGGGGACUGUGUCAGGCCUGGGAGUGGGCGGGGACUGUGUCAGGCCUGGGAGUGGGCG